AUGCGUUUACCAGCCAAGUACUCGACGCUGUUGCCUCUGCUGAAGGUUACUGACUUAGAGUCUCCUGGCCUUGAUGGGAGUUUUGAGUCAGCGGGCGUUGGAGCUCCGCCCAGGACCAACGACCAGCCUCAGUUCCUCCUCCAGUUAGACGAACUAAGGCCUACAAGACUAACGCCUUCCUAUUUAUUCCCAAAGGGGACUUCUACAGAAUGUCAGUUUGCGACAUUCUUCUCGCUGGUUGGCGACCGGCUGUUCGCAGACGGAGAGAUAGUCGCGACCAACGAGGGUACGACACACCAGCCGCUCCUCGAGACACCGAGCAUCAGAGCCAUCGACCAUGGGUUCUCGCUCGAAGAAGGCCUUCUUCAGUGGCGGCAUCCGAGCUUUGCCAGCGGAAAAGCCAGCUUUUGCUUAUCAGUGUCGAAUACGGUCCUAGCUGUGUUCAACGAAUCAAGCACUCCAACUGACUGUGUGCCGGCGAACCUUGUCAAUGUGCCAUUCAUGGAUGACGAUACUAGGUCUGCUCAACAAGCUGCAGGAAGCGUAAGUAAUACGGACAGCUUUGCCGGGUCGAAAUGGCUGGAUACCAGACCAGAUAUCACCAACCCUGGUUAUGGCAGAGCUUCUGUUGGAUCGUAUGGCGGAGCUUCCGCUGGAUCAUAUGGCGGAGCUUCCGUUGGGUCAUAUAGCAGACCUUCCGUUGGAUCAUACGACAAACCUUCCGUUGGAUCGUAUGGCGGAGCUUCCGCUGGAUUAUAUGGCGGAGCUUCCGUUGGGUCAUAUGGCAGACCUUCCGUUGGGACAGAGCAGUUGAGUCCUCUGGCUCCUAUUGAUCGGACCAGCUACAACUACGCUACCGGACGACCGGGUUCCACAACACCCCCGAGCUCCGCUGGCUACGGGGCAAUCUACAAAUAUCAUGGUGCUGCUUCAAGUCCUAUAGGGCCCUCAGGUCCGGCAGGGCCCUCAGGUCCGGCAGGGCCUCUGGCUCCUAUUGGUCGGGCCGGCUGGAACUACAACACCCCACUGCCGGGUUCUACAACACCCCCGAGCUCCGUUGGCUACGGAGGUAGCUACAAAUAUCAUGAUGCCGCUUCAAGUCCGAUAGUGCCCAACUACAAUACUCGACGGCCGGGUUUCACAACAUCCUCGAGCUCCGUUGGCUACGAGAGUAGCCACGAACAUCACGAUGCUGCUUCGAGUUUUAUAGGGCCCCCAGGUCCAGCAGGGCCCCGUGGAUCUGAUGGCAGGGAUGGGAGGGAUGGCAACAAUGGGAAAGAUGGUCAUAAUGGUUGGGAUGGGAGGGAUGGCGACAAUGGGAGAGAUGGUGACAAUGGGAGGGAUGGCAAUGAUGGGGAAGAUGGUAAUGAUGGGAGAGAUGGAAGGGAUGGAAGGGAUGGCAGGGAUGGUAUCCAGGGUCCUCCAGGGCCACCUGGUCCAGCCGGCCUCCCAGGUAUGAAUGGGUUGAAUGGUGCACCUGGGCCAAUGGGUCCGCAAGGUCUUCAAGGUCUUCAAGGUCUUCAAGGUCUUCAAGGCCCCGCCGGUACCGAUGGUGCUACUGGUCCUGCAGGUGCCACUGGCCCUCAGGGUCUUCAAGGUCUUCAAGGUAUACCAGGUCUUCAAGGUCCUGCUGGUGCCGAUGGUGCUCCUGGUCCUGCCGGUGCUGAUGGUGCUGAUGGUGCUGAUGGUGCUCCUGGUCCUGCAGGUGCCACUGGUCCUCAAGGUCUUCAAGGUCUUCAAGGUAUACCAGGUCCUGCCGGUGCUGACGGUGCCGACGGUGCCACCGGGCCUCAAGGUUUACCGGGUCCCCCGGGUGCUCAGGGCCUACCGGGCGCUCCGGGUCCGCAAGGUCUUCAAGGUCUAUCGGGUCCCGCCGGUCCCGAAGGUGCUGCUGGUCCUGCCGGAGCCGCUGGUCCUGCUGGUGCCACUGGUGCCACUGGUCCUGCUGGUGCCGACGGUGCCGACGGUGCCAACGGUGCUGCCGGACCUCAAGGUCUACCAGGUCCCCCGGGUGCUCAGGGCGUACCGGGUGCUCAGGGUCCACAAGGUCUUCAGGGUCUUCAAGGUCUUCAAGGUCUAUCGGGUCCUGCCGGUCCCGAAGGUGCUGCUGGUCCUGCCGGUGCUACUGGUCCUGCAGGUGCCAUUGGUCCUCAAGGUUUCCAAGGUCCCGCCGGUCCUGAAGGUGCUGCUGGUCCUGCCGGAGCCGCUGGACCUGCUGGUGCCGCUGGUCCCGAAGGUGCUACCGGGCCAGCAGGAGCCAUUGGUCCUCAAGGUCUACCAGGCCCCCCGGGUGCUCAAGGAACUCAGGGUAUACCAGGUGCCGAUGGUGCUACUGGUCCUGCAGGUCCCGCCGGUGCUGCUGGUCCUGCAGGUGCCACUGGUCCCCAAGGUCUUCAAGGUCCUGCCGGUGCCGAUGGUGCUACUGGCCCUGCAGGUCCUGCAGGUGCCGCUGGUCCUGCAGGUCUACCGGGUGCUCAGGGUCCGCAAGGUCUUCAAGGUCCUCCAGGUGAUACUGGACCAGCAGGAGCCGCUGGCCCUCAAGGUGAUGCUGGACCUCAAGGUCCUAUCGGUCCUCAAGGUCCUGAAGGCCCCCCUGGCCCCGGGACAGCGGGUUUCACGAACCAGUACGGAUACCUCGGCUGCUACAUCGCGGAUAACGAUGGCAACUACGGCCUAACUCCAUACGCUUCACAGCAGGUUCUCACAACCUCGAUUGACGACUGUGCCAAUAUCUGCUAUACUUUGCCGACGGGCCCAACACUAUACUUCACUCUGGGAACCGACACGGCUACAGGCAACUCCAUCUGCACUUGUGGUGAUGUCCUUGUUGCCUAUAACUAUCCAAAUACCGGGCUCGAUUUCCAAUGCAAUACACGAUGCAACUUCCCAGACGGUCCGACAACAGAACAAUACUGCGGCGGAACGUAUUCUGGGAUUCCUACUGUUUCUCUUUUUGGUGCUAUAUAA